AUGGGAGCUGUCAACUACCUCAGGGAGAUCCACAGGCGCAAGCAGUCUGAUGUGAUGAGGUAUCUGCUAAGGAUCCGGGUGUGCGAGUACAGGCAGAGGGGAGAGUGCUUCCGUGUUGAGAAGCCCACGUUUCUCGAAAGGGCUAGGACUCUCGGGUAUAAGGCGAAGCAGGGAUAUGUGCUGUACAUUGCACGGGUGAAGAAGGGGAACAUGAAGAGGAACUACCACAAUGGAAAUACCAGGGGAAAGUGCGUGAAUGCAGGGAUCAACCAGAUCAAGCCGUCUCUUCGGAAGCAGGCCAGUGCCGAGAUGAUAGCGGGCAAGAAGUGCUCGAAUCUCGGAGUCCUGAACUCGUACUGGGUGGGGCAAGAUGCAGCCUACAAGUACUAUGAGGUGAUAAUGGUUGACCGGGACCACCAGGCCAUAAGAAACGAUCCUAAGAUCAACUGGAUAUGCAAGGGCACGAUGAAGCACAGGGAGUGCAGGGGUCUUACGUCGGCGUCCAGGAAGAGCAGAGGACUCGGGAAGGGAGUCAAAUUCAACAAGUCGAAGGGAGGAUCGAUCAGGUCAUGUUGGAGGAGAAGGAAUACGCUGGUUCUCCAGAAGUAUCGGUGA